AGAGGAGAAAUCUAGCCAAGGGACUUGGUGUGGUCAGGAAUCAGGGAGCGAGCGUGCUGGGAAGGGAGGAGCCAGGUUGCUGGCAGAGAUAAAAGCAGGCAGCAUUGCUCCUCUGAGCACUUGGCUCAGCCAAGGGGGCUUCCGAAGGCUGGCCUGGGAGGUGGGUGAGGGAGCAAGGGGCUGUGAGGCUCCCGUGUCCCUGCUGGCUGCUCAUAACCUGGUGUGUUUACUGUCUCUUGUCGUUCCAGGUAAAGCUGAUACUCCCAAGCAUCUCUCUGCAAUGGCCUCAGGGAACGACGGUGACCCACCGAGGGCCCGCAGACGCCAGGGAAGCAACAGGCGCCGGCUGUCGCGAGAGCUCAAUACAGAAGACCAGGUGGCAGAGGAGACGGAGGAGGUGUUUCGGAGCUAUGCCUUCUACCGCCACCAACAGGAGAGAGAGGAGAGGGGGGAGGAGGUGCCCAUGGACCCAGAGAUCAUGGAGGUCGAGCAGGAGCUGGGCAGCACCGGGAGCCAGGUGGGAAGGCGCCUGGCCAUCAUCGGUGAUGACAUUAACGAGCGGUACGACGCGGAGUUUCGCUACAUGCUGAAAUCCUUGCAGCCCACCAAGGAGAACGCCUAUGAGUACUUCACCAGAAUAGCCUCCAGCUUGUUCGAGAGCGGCAUUAACUGGGGCCGAGUGAUUGCGCUGCUGGGCUUCGGCUACCGCAUGGCCAUCCAUGUCUACCAGCAAGGCAUUCCGGGUUUCCUCUGCCGGAUCGCCAGCUACGUCUCGGAAUUCAUACGCCGGAACUACAUCGCCCAGUGGAUCGCCCAGCAGGGAGGAUGGGUGGCUGCACUCGAUCUGGACAAUGUUUACAUGAAGUACAUGCUGGUGGUGGUGGCCCUGGUCAUGGUGGGGCAUUUAGUGGUACGACGCUUCUUCAGGCCCUGACUGACGUGGGGGCAGAGGCUGGGGGGGUCCAGCCAAGCUCUCUCUCAAAUCUCUGCUCUGCAUUGACAUCUCCCAAGAGCGGGGGAUUCAAGGAACCUCUAAGAGAGAGAGCAGCUUGGACCUGUGACCCUUCUGCUCCAGGGCCCAAGGUCUCUGCCCUCUAUGGAGACACCACCAGCAGCUAUGGAGAAAAGCAGUUGGGGGGGAUGGGGGGGAGGGGGAGGGAGAUUCAACUUUGCUAUUUUAUGCCUCGCUUAGCUGCUGAGGCCAGACCAUCACCGUGACACUCCUAGCACGCAGCAGUGAGGCAGAACAGGCUCCUCCGGAGUCGAGAAGGGAACAAAUGCGUUGUCCGAAUAAUGCCAGGGUGCGUCUGUGUGAGCACGUGGGUCCUGUCCACUCCUCGGGGCAGCUGUGGAGCUCCCCGUUUGCUAAGGGCUCUAGCCUAGACCGUGCCUGCAUUUGAAGAGGGAUUGCAGCCUGGGUUGCUGCAAUAGUCUGUAAAUCGCUGGGGGCGGGGGGGGAGCCAGCAUCAAAAAGCCCACGUGGGGCUUGCUCUCACCUUCCCUCAGUUCCUGAGCCCAAGUACUUGAGCCUUCUCUUUUAAAAAGCAUCCCUACCCCUUUUUUUAAAGAAACACACUGACUACCCGUCACCUGACAGUGGAUGGUAAGGUCUGGCAGCUCAGGCGCGCAGGUUUGCCCUGCCGCAGCCCAAACCCGGAGACCGGCAGCUCUGCCGUGGCUGAUGCAGGCGCUGGGGUGCACCGACAGCCUCCGUGAGCUCUGCGUGCCGGCAGACCUGGGAAGCACGAGAAGGUUUCCAAACACUAAAAAGCUGUGGGAUGGCCCAUGGUCAGUGUAGGCAGCCUGCCUGCCUGCCUGCCCACCCUCCCUCCAGUUCUGCUGGGGGCUUCCAUUCCGUAGACUUGGAUGCCGGCAAACGGGCGGCCCACGUGAGACCAGUUGGGUCUCCCUUGCUCUCAGCGGGAGGCACUGGCGUUGCAUCUCAUCCCUGCAUCAGCUCUUUGCCUUCUGCGCUCAGCUGGGCAGGAUGGUGCGGGCAUGCCCCGGUUAAGCCCAGGGCUGUGGUGCUUUAUAGCUGCCCAGAGAGCAGGGCCCAGGUCUUUGGGAAGUGACUUGACCUUGUUCCAUUCAUGACUAAUGCUUGAGCCUGAUUUUUUUUUUUUUUUUUUUGGGGGGGGGGGGGGAAGGAAGCAGGCUCCACUCUCCCAACCCAGAUCUUUCUGACUUUUGCAGAAUAGGGGGAGAGGCCCAGCAUGGACUGCAUGGUUUAGCCCUGUUCUUUUUACUCGGGGUGACUCUAAAGCUUGAAACUGUGACUGGCCCUGUCUGAGCCAAAUCCCCCUAUUCCAGCAUCACCCAUCUCGGGUCAGCCAGCUGGGGGAGGGAGCCAGAGGGACCACAGAGGUAGGAGAUGAGCAGUGGUCCUGUGUCUGGGCUCCUCUCGUAAUGCAGACAGAGCCCUCCUGGGCUGGAGCCUGGGACAGCAGAAGUAGCAAAAUCAUAGCCCUAAAGAGGCUGAGCCCUCCUGCCCUCCGGGGGCCUUUCCACCGUGGCUGGAGUGGGGAACUUGCCUGGUAUUGCUGCUGCAAAAGGGGCUGGGUGAGCCCAGCUGAUGGCGCUGACUCACCUCUGUGGCAUGGGGAUGGCCAAACUGGGCAGAGCCCCGCUCGCCUGCAGCCCUGCCUGCUGUUGCCUUCCUCCGCAGCCACCACGAGAGCUCAGCGAGGGUCAGAGAGACCUGGAGAGCAGCCCAUCUGCCCCACCGUCACACAGGCUGUCCUGGCAGACAACUGUCCAACCUGGUUUUACAACCCUCCAGUAUUGUCUCCCCAUAUCACCGAUUCCUACUUUAAUCUUUACCUUCCGAUAGAUUAUUUUCCCCCUCAAUGCCUAUCCCUUGCUGCAGUUUUAGCUCGUUACUACACGUCCUGUCCAAGCAUGGAGGCAGGGCACCUUCCAUCCUUUCUCCCUGCACCUGCAGAAGCUUAGCAGAACCAGCCACACUUAAGUCUCUCAUGUUCCUGCCUCUUUUAACGCAAGAAUAGCAAACCUCUCAGCUUAUUUCCAUACCAGGGCCUUUCUGCGCUUAUCAUUUUGACCCUGACUGUUGCUGCAGUAUCCCUUUCCCUGGUGGAGUGCCUUGGACUGUGCUUAAUAGAAAGGCAUUAAAAUAUUUGCUAUAAUAUUCCUCUUCUAUAUCUCUGGUUUGGUUGCUUUGUUUGUUUGAUCUGCGCUGAGCAGCCCAGAUCUCCAGCAGAUCGUCCACGCUCCGGUCUUGCAGCCGGGCUGACUCUCUUGGAGCGACUGGAUGCCCACCUUGCUCAUUUGUCCCCUUGCAAACGGUGUUUCUCUGCAUUUAUCCACACACAACUUCAUUUACCAUCGUGCCACCGGUUCACCCAUCUUGAGAUUUCCUCAAGAUCUCAAGGCUCUUCUCUGGUGUGAACCAGUUUCACCAACUUCAUAUCAUCUGCAGUUUCCCAUCCCCACACCUUACC